AUGCCAACCCUAGCAAUCAACCCCCCCAAAGCUCUAGCAACCCCCUCCCACCAGACCCACCCCCCACCAACAAAUGACUUCCUAACAGGCACCUGGCACGUAACCCACACCAGCCUCCCGCUGUGGAAAAACAAACGCAACGUGAAAAUAACAUACAAACCCCUUCCGGGGGCCAACGCAAAAGGAGACGGGUCAGGGACAGGGACAGGGUCAGAGACAGGGGCAAUAACCAAACUCGACGACCUGGUCGAGUACCAAAAAGCCAACUCGGCCAAGAUCCACUCCGUGCAUGGCAUCGACACGCCCGCGGCCGGGGAUCCUGGCGCCUGGGACUGGCGCGGCAAGGGUUGGCUGGUGAUUGCCAGUUCGCACUGGGAAUGUCUGGGCUUUGGACGGGUCGAAGAUGGGAAUGAGUGGGUGGUGACGUAUUUUGCGAAGACGCUUUUCACGCCCGCUGGUAUUGAUGUUUAUUCGAGAUCGCCGGAGGGGUUGGCGGGGGAUGUGAUGGAGGGGAUUUGGGGGGCUUUGGGGGGGCUGGGGGUUGGGGAGAUUGAUCGGCUUGUUUCUGGGGUUUUUGAAGUUCCUAGGGAUUAA